GUCCCCUUCCCCGCCCCCCGUUCUUGGUCGCCGCCCUCAACUUGCCCCGCAAUUGGUCGGGCCCCACCGGCCCGGAGCCGUAAUUGGCUCUGCUCGGCGCACCGGCGGCAGUAAGCGAGCCGGGCUGGUGAUGGAGGGAGCGCUGCUGAAAUGGACCAACUAUCUUUCGGGUUGGCAGCCACGAUACUUCGUGCUAGAGAAUGGCAUCCUCUCCUAUUAUGAUUCGCAGGAUGACGUGGGGAAGGGCAGCAAAGGAAGCAUCAAGAUGGCUGUGUGUGAGAUCAAAGUGCAUACUACUGACCCCACUCGCAUGGAGCUGGUGAUCCCUGGUGAGCAGUACUUCUACCUGAAGGCAGGAGGCGCCGCUGAGAGACAGAAAUGGCUCGUGGCUUUGGGCAGCUCCAAGGCCUGCCUCGGGGACAGCAGGAGCCAGAAAGAGAGAGAUCUGGACCUAAGCAACGAGUCCCUUGGGAGGAAACUGUCCGAACUGCGACUGUAUUGCGACGUGUUGACGCAGCAGGUCCUCGCCGUACAGGAUGCAACACACCCUCAAGACAAUGGCUCCCCUCUUGACCUCCAGAAGAUGAAUGAAGCAUCAUCCUUGUUGCGAGCAACCUGCAGCCAGUUCAUCUCCACGCUAGAAGAGUGCAUGAAAUUUGCAAACACCCGAUUGGCUCCUGAGCUGUACCAUCCUUUGACAGUCCCCCAGCCUUUCGACUUCGUGGGCACCAAACUCCCACAUUCUCACCGGGUAAGGCGCUCCAUGAGCCACACAGGAAUAGCGUCGUCAGAAAGAGCGCUGGAGCAGGGUCGGGCCAUGCCCGCACCCGCCAAGGGCACCGUGACGGUUCUGCGCAACUUGGAGGAGAUGGUGGUGUUUCGCUCGCAGCAGUGGGGGCAGCCGGGUUCCCUGUCCGAAAGCGCCCCUGGCACCAUCGUUGAAGAAGCAGUUGGUAGGGGCUGCCACGGGAUAACUGCAUGAGGUUAACGUGGGAGGGGAGAGGCGAUGGCCUCUCGUCGGCCCACGACUCUCCAGUGGACUCGUCUGGCGGGGACCAACGACUGUAAUCCGGAUAUUGGCAUUGCCGCAGCUCUUGUCGACACUUGGGAGCCAUCCCCUUGCUGCUAGCUAGCUAGCUAGCUAGAAGAACUGGCCUUGGGCUCCCUCCUCUAGUUUAGGAAUAGCCUUGGCCUGCAGGGUGCGAUGGUGGAAGCAUCCUUUGCUCCUAGGAAGGCGGUGUGCAUGAAGGGCAAGGAGUAGAUGCCAGACUUGGUUCUGUGCUUCAGUCUUGUAGUUGCCAGGGUGUGUCUGAGAAGGCUGCCCAGGUCCGCUGGCUUUUACAAAGCAGUCCUCUGUGAGAAGGGAUGGGGUCUGGGCAGCGGGGUAGUGAUUAGCUCUCCAUGCUGGAUUGGGUGUGAUGGAAGAGGCGGUUCUGAUGAGAGCCUGGGGUGCUUGGGAGGCAGCUUCUGAUUGGACAGGUUGCCCCCAACUCUCUCGGGGGGGCUGUCCCCAGUGGGUCCUAUGCUCUUAAUUAGGUCAGUGGUUUGGUCCCCGGCGUAGCUGGAGCCCAGGGACUCACGGUCUGUGGCAGAUGUAAAGCACCUUCUUCCCUCUCACCGGCAUAAGAUCUGUAGCUCAGUCAAACCUUAGAGUUGCUUUGCUCCAGGAUGUCUUGGGAAGUGCCCUGCUGGUUUGACACUCGGCCAGGAUCUUUUUUGCCUAGGAAUCUGCUCCAGGAAGGACCUCCUUGCUGAGCAUCCUUCUUCCUCCUUCCUCAGCAGAGAGCUCUUCCUGCAAGCCGCUCUUCCCCCAAAAGUGACACACUCACACCCCGACAUCGAACUUGCAGGUUAUAGAAUUCCUCUCGAUGCUUUCUCCCCGCUUCUCUUCAGCAGAGGCGUUGGCCCUGAGCAGAUGCCCAAGGUAGGAAAAGCAGCCUCUUUCGACAUUUGACCUCACGGCAACAUUGGGCUGCUUCCCCUCUUCACAGCGUGGGACCGGGGUCAGGUGACCACAACCCAUCACGUACCAAACAUUGAAUUGACUCUACUGUCGUUUGCUGUACGGGAACUUACUGUUUUGUCUUGUGGGGUUCUCUGCCUUCUCCGUUUUUGUAGGGCGUCUUGGGCGGUCCUCCCUGUCUCGUUCCUUUCUCCCCGUUCCACACACACACAGAUUCCCUGCAAACCCCCCAGUCUCUGGAGCCCGUUCCCAUAGCGUGCCCUGCCCAAAGAUCAGACUCUAAUUUUGAAUGAAGACUCUAAUUUUGAAACAAACACUGCGUCGUGACAAUAUGUUGCUUUUCCCCCGCGGGGCUGGAAGGAGGCACCGCUGGUGUUUUCCUGUAGGAGAAGCAGAGCCCAAAAAAACACAACCGUUCCCCUGGCAGCUUGAAAUGGCUGUAGCAAGCAAGGCGAUCGGACGGGUCGUCUCGUCUGCUACACCGGCGGCAAAAUCGGGGGUCUGUGCGCACCUGCAAAUGUUCCCUGUCUGCACUGAGGAACAGGUGGUGGUUCCUUUUAUAUAAACAAUUGUUGCAUCACCAAAGCCCGUCGCAGAACCAGGGUGCAGGUGACUCAUAACGGCAGGAACAUACCAGGAACACCAGGGGCUAUUUCUGGCUCUCAUCUUGCACUCUGCUUUUCUGCCUCCCCUACACAGCGGCUUCCUUGGCGUGCAUUUAAUUUCUUUAUUGGGUACUUUAAAUAAUUGAGUGGGCUGGGCAAGGGCUGGGUUUUUAUGGCAGCACAAGCUGCUUCCUUAGUAGUUUCUUGAGCAAGGGGAAGGGCAUAUGCACACACACACACAUACCCCAAACAGAUUCAGAGGCACUCCCUUCAUCUCCUUGGUGCCUUCAGGAAGAACCGGCACCCAAACCCAAGCCUCUUUUGCACCAGUUUGCAGGGCUCCUGCACCAGCUGACACUUCCCAUUCCCUUCAGUGUUGUUGGACAGCUCUGCACAUUCAUUAGGGAAGACAUGUGCAGAGCUGUGAUACUGAAGUUAACGGGAGGGGUGUAUGAGUGGCAAGGGCACAUUUGGAGCUCUUGCAGUAACACCUUCCUAGGAACUAGUUACAGGUAGGUAGCCGUGUUGGUCUGACGCAGUCAAAAUAAAAAUAAAAAAAUCCUUCCAGUAGCACCUUAGAGACCAACU